CUAUUUUUGCAGCUGUGUCUGCUACAAGACCUCGAGCUGAUGUUGCUUACUGCAUACAUGCUCUUGCAAGACGAUUGGCAAAGACACAUAAUUGGGCAGUUGCCUUGAAAACUUUGAUUGUUAUUCAUCGUGCUUUGAGGGAAGUGGACCCAACAUUCCAAGAAGAACUUAUCAACUAUGGCAGGAGCAGAAGCCAUAUCCUCAACUUGGCUCACUUCAAGGAUGAUUCCAGUCCAAAUGCAUGGGAUUACUCUGCAUGGGUGCGCACUUAUGCGUUAUUUUUGGAGGAGAGGCUGGAAUGUUUUCGUGUGCUGAAAUAUGAUGUUGAGGCAGAUCGCCCUAGAACCAAAGAUCUGGACACUCCUGAGUUGCUUGAGCAGCUACCUUCUUUGCAAGACCUCCUAUUUCGCGUUCUUGGCUGCCUGCCACAAGGAGCAGCAGUUCAUAAUUUUGUGAUUCAAUUAGCACUUUCAAUGGUUGCUUUGGAAAGCAUUAAAAUUUACAAUGCUAUAAGUGAUGGUGCAGUUAAUUUAGUUGACAAGUUCUUUGAGAUGCAACGCAAUGAUGCUAUUAAGGCUCUGGAUAUAUACCGAAGGGCUGGACAGCAGGCUGAGAGACUAUCAGAGUUCUAUGAAAUAUGUAAAGGCCUCGAUGUGGGACGCGGGGAAAGGUUUAUCAAGAUUGAGCAGCCCCCUGCAUCAUUUCUACAAGCAAUGGAAGAGUAUGUGAGAGAGGCGCCUCGAGCUUCCACGGUUCGCAAGGAUUUGGCAAUUGAUGAUAAACCCAAAGUAAUCUUGGCCAUAGAGAACAAGAAAAACCCAGAGGUACAGGAGGCACGCCCCCCAUCCCCACCACCUAAACCAGAACCAGGUCCAGAACCAGUUAAAGUGGAAGCUCCUGUAGCUGCGACACCUGACCUGUUGGGCCUUAAUGAUCCUAGUCCACAGGCUUCAGAGUUGGAUGAAAAGAAUGCAAUGGCUCUGGCUAUUGUACCAGUUGGCACGACUGACCAACCAACCUCUACUGGUGCAAUUCUGGAAAAUGGAACUACGGGCUGGGAAUUGGCACUUGUUUCUGCUCCUAGCUCCAAUGAGAGCGCGGCAACUGCUAGCAGACUGGCUGGAGGGCUGGACAAACUCACACUAGACAGUCUAUAUGAUGACGCAAUCAGAAGAAGCAACCAGAGCGUGAGCUACAAUCCAUGGGAACAAGGUGCAAUGGUCGGUCCCAUGAUGCCACAAACAGCACACGACCCAUUUUACGCCUCAAGCACCAUCGUUGCACCACCUUCGGUGCAGAUGGCAGCCAUGGCCCACCAGCAGCAGGCUUUCAUGUUGCAGCAGCAGCAGCAGAUGAUGAUGAUGGGCCCACAACAACAGCCUGCAAAUCCAUUUGGCAAUCAGUAUGGAGCCAAUGUCCACCCCUAUGGCUCAGGUAUGCCUGCUCAAGCCUACAACCCAUAUGCGGGCCUUCUAUAA